CAUCACCCUACCGCGAAUGAAGUUUAUGGAGCGAAUACACGACAUGUUUAUAUUUGAUUUUCAAAUUCACAGUCGCGUCCCUCGGUGAUACAAUAAUUACUUAUAAAAUCUGAUUGAAAUAUCGGCGAAAACGAAGUAAAACUCAAUUGAAACGUCACCACUUGCUGAUAUUCUACUUUUUAUUUACCUUCCGUUGAAAAUCAUUCAAUCGUAAAAGCUAAAGAUGGCUGAGAGAUUAGAAGACUUGAAUCUCCCUAAUGCUGUUGUAACAAGAAUAAUUAAGGAAUCUCUGCCGGACGGAGUCAAUAUUGGCAAAGAAGCACGAGCGGCGGUCGCAAAAGCUGCUUCGAUUUUUAUAUUGUACAUUACGUCAACUGCCAAUACAAUCGCUAAAAAAGGAAAAAGAAAAACUAUCAGUGGUACUGACGUUAUUCAAGCUAUUGAAGAAAUUGAGUUUGACCAAUUUCUUGAACCGCUCCAAGAGGCAUUGGAAAAUUUCAAAAAGUCACAGAAGGAAAAAAAGGAUGCGACUACAAAGAGAAAACAACAGAAGAAAGAUGACGAAGAAGUGGAAGAAAUCGUUUGCGAAGACGCUGAGUAGCUUCUACUUUUUUUUGCAUUUUUUACAUUCACACACUAUUUAAUACAUCGGAUUUUUAACUUAAGUAUAUGUAUAGGCUGUGUGUAUACCACAAUUUAUAUUGAAUAAUAUAAGAAUAUUUUUUUUUUUCACUCAAAUCCUGAUUAUUAUUAUUAUUUUCCCCUCGAAGUAUCUACUUAUGUUUUAUUACUUUCUCCUUUUCCAAAUUGACAUUAUCAUAAAUCGUUAAUGUGACACCUGUGCUUUUACAAAAUCAUUACUGCAAUACAUUUUGUACAACUGGGUCAUGUGAUGGAAGGGUUGCAUACUAUUCUGACAAAGUUUUGGUGAGUCACCAGGCUUCCGCUUUUUUGAAUUGUAUCACGAAUUCAAUAGUUUGUGGCAUUGAAUUGUAUGACGAACAAUAUGCAAACAGUCUCAGAAAAUUUUAUUAAUUGUAUAUAAGACAAUAUUGGUGUGAGAGUAAAUAGAUUACAUAAUAUUUAUGCAGAAAUCGUUCGUUAAAGUGUGUAUCUCAAUGGGUACAUAAUAAUAUACAUAGUAAUAUAUAUAUACAUAUAUAUCUAGUUUUCUUUUUUUUCAUUCAAUAUCAUUAGAUCAAUAAUUGAACAAUCUUGCAAGCUUACAGUAAUGGUAGGUAUAGACUAUAGGGUUAAAAAACAUUUACUCCGCUUGUUCUAAAACUCCGUUUGAGAAUAAGAAAGAUUAGCAAUGUUCUUUCUAUGUGGAUUUUUAAAUCAAGUGCAGAAUGUGCGGUAUAGGAAAUGACUACAAUUCGAUCAUUCUAUGCUAAAUUAAUGGAAUUUUUCAUUUCACUACAAACAGUGUUUAGUAUUCUGUUUACCAAUAGUAGUGAGUCUAAUCAAUUAGAGACAUGCCUAUCGAAUCCAUAUUUCGUUCUGUAAUAUUGGUUUACUUUGUGUCUUCUCCUUCACUAUGUUAUAAAGUUAUAUCUUAUGCCUAGCUUAUAUCUCAGUUCCGUUUACUUACUUUACAUAGGUAAACACAUCGCAAUAAUAUCUUAUAUGUAAGAAUUAAUUGUAUGUGUAUAUAUGGCACUUUAUGUUUACAAAACACGCAAAGAAAGACUAGCAUAAAAUUAUUGACUACUCAAGCUACUAUUUCUUGAUCAGCGCUGUUUAUUAAAAUUGAACGAAUUCUAAUUAUUUCUAGUAAUCAAAGAAUUUUUCAUCUGAAUUAACUGCGAUGUAUAUAUAUAGCGCCGCCUUCCAAUAGUUAGGCAUUCUUAACGAGUAGUACCACUUAAAUGUUAUUUAGCAAAAAUUUACCAUUACUCGUAGUUUAGAAUAAUUUCGGAUCAUUUUCAUAUCCUGCAUUAGUAAUUGUAUUCAUACUUGGCUUUACUAUUCAUAUUUUAACAGUAGUUUAGAAACUUUUAAGGACAUUUAAAUUCUUUAAUAUCGUUCUUUGAGAAAUGUAAUUUUGAUAGAAAAAUUUAUAAGCAAAUAGACAUUAAAAAUUCUAUAUCAAAUGUAUAUAAAUAUUAUACAUAGAUAUUUAUGAUUUGCAUUUUCGAUAAGUGCUCAUCAACUUGAAUCAUAGAUUUUGGUUGAAACUUGUCCAAUAUUUUGAUACUUAACUUGAGAAUGAAAUAUACAUCACCAUGAAAAAUAUUUUAUAAUAAAAAUUGUUUGUCUUGCACAUUCAAUUCUGUCUCUAUUUCAGUACACAAAGAAAGAAAGAAAUCUGUAGAAAUAACAAGACAUUAUCCAAGCAUUUUUAUCAUUGGCUUUCUGAGAUGUUCACACUAUUUUCAAAUACUGGAUAAAUAUGCAAUGAUUUUCUUGGAAACAUCAUGUUCUCUUGAGCUUCGCACAUUAAGUCUAGUCUGUAUAGUGAUGCAAAUAUGCAAAUUUUAUCCAAGGAUCUACUUGCAUCAACCGUUAUGGUUGAUAUCUAUUGUGUUAUACAAUAGAUAUUUUAAAAUAAAAGAUAGAAUAUUUUUACAAACCAACUUUUAUGUCUUCAUAAUACAAAACAGGGGUAUGGCGUUGUUUUCUUUCACACUUUGCAGUUCACCAAAUCGUCUGACUAAU